AUGAAUUUCUUGCGUAACCGGAGAACUUCUGAUUCAGAUGAUGAUAAUGAUGAGCUCAAUAAUAACAAUGUAUCCAGUAUACAUAAGUCCCGUAAACCACCAAAUACUGCAUUUAGACAACAAAGACUUAAAGCCUGGCAACCAUUACUUACCCCAAAAUCAGUAAUACCCUUGCUAAUAAUACUAGCAGUUAUAUUUGCGCCGUUAGGUAUCGCGAUUAUUAACACUGUGUACAAUGUUGAGGUGUUGUCUAUUGAUUAUAGUCAUUGCAAUUCGCUACAUUCAGACGAUUUCAAGUCAGUGCCAGGAAAGUAUACUUCCCAUCACUUCAAGAAGAAGAACGAAAAUCCUGAGUUUCAAUGGAAGGUGGUUAACUCGACUGACAAAUAUUAUGAUUUAAAACAAACUUGCCACAUUCGUUUCAAUUUACCCAAAGAUAUCAAACCACCGGUUUAUUUGUAUUACAAGUUGACAAAUUUCUUUCAAAAUCACCGUAAGUACGUGGAAUCAUACGACUUGGAGCAAUUGAAAGGAAUCGCCGUCACCAGAGGUGAUUUGUCGGAUGGCUGUAAGCCAUUAAGGUUCAUAGAUGAUAAGAUUGUCUACCCAUGUGGAUUAAUUUCGAAUUCCUAUUUCAACGAUACGUUUUCGAGUCCUGUGCUUUUAAACGCUAGAAGUGGUAGUAAUAACGAAACAUAUAAAUUGACAGAUGAAGAAAUCUCGUGGUCGUCGGAUCGUAAUAAUAAGUACAAAAAGACAAAAUACGAUCCGAAGGACAUUGUACCGCCUCCAAAUUGGUACAAAAUGUAUCCUGAUGGCUACACCGAGGAUAAUUUGCCAGACUUAGCCACUUGGGAACAUCUCCAAAAUUGGAUGAGAACGGCUGGCUUAGCAACCUUCUACAAGUUAUAUGGAAAGAAUGAAACUGAAACAUUGUCAUCUGGUACCUACGAGAUUUCAAUUGAAAUGAAUUACCCGGUGUCUAUAUUUGGUGGUACCAAGACCAUGGUUAUAACUACAAAUUCUAUAUUUGGUGGCCGUAAUAUGAGUUUGGGUGUAAUUUAUAUUAUUGUGGCAGUUAUAUGCUUAGUAUUGGGCAUCGCAUUUUUGUUACAACAUUUGAUCAAACCAAGAAGAAUUGGUGAUCACAAUUUCUUACAAAAUAAUUCUGCAGCCCCUAGGGAUGGUCCAAGAUUGGGUAAUCCAACGAAUUUCAGAGAGCAGCUAUAA